UCAUUAACGGUUUGUUAAGGAGGCAGACAACAGGCUGCUAUUUCGCGUGCGCUGCUAUUUCGGUGCGUUGCGCCAUUAAAAGCCUUCAGUGGCGUCCAGGGAGCCGCUGCACUGACACACUUGGAUAUCUGCUGGCGGCUUUGCGUGGGCGCAUUCUUUCCCAGCGACGGGAACACGUUGGACAUGAGAGGCGGUUACAAGCCAAGCGGGGCCACCUUAAAUCACACGCUGACAUAACAAGAACUCUACUCUCCACCCAUAUCCGAGAAGAGUGUGUUAAGAGGUGUCUCACCUUCCCGACUGUACUCUUAUUACCAAGAAAGACGCCGGUGUGCUGACAACACACCGAGGCAUCUUAGGACAUUACUGCAGCUCCUUAUUGGUCAGGAGUCGCGAGGUCCGCUGCGUAGAAACGUCGCGCGCUGGACACGCACGGGCCUGUUGGAGAGGAAAAAGAAAACUUGUGGAUACCGAAGUGGAUUUAUCUGAGAGCUUUUAUCACGGUUUGGGUUUGUUUUACAUGCCAAAGCUGGGGGAACAGACUGGAACACAGCACGCUGCUGAGCGAGGCUUCACAGUUUUCGCCACAAUUAUUGGUUAUCGGAUGGACCAGCACCCCAGCGCCCGGAGCUGCACCAGUCGCGGUGCUUCGUCCUGCGAGGCCGUCCCGACUGAGCCCUCCAUGAAUCUGUACAUCCACUCCACCACCGGCACACGCUUCGAGCUCUCCCUGCCCCAGGAGGAGACCGUGGAUGGACUGAAGAGGAGGCUGUCACAAAGACUCAAAGUACCAAGAGAGAGACUCGCUCUGCUGCACAAAGAAACGCGACUAAGUUCAGGCAAACUCCAGGAUCUGGGCAUCUCGGAUGGGAGCAAGUUAACACUUGUACCAACAGUCGAAGCAGGAUUAAUGUCUCAAGCAUCAAGACCCGAGCAGUCCGUAAUGCAAGCCUUGGAGAGUUUAACAGAAACUCAGGUCAGUGACUUCCUGUCCGGCCGCUCUCCUCUCACCCUGGCGCUGCGCGUCGGUGACCACAUGAUGUUCGUCCAGCUCCAGUUGGCGGCGCAGCAGUCCGGCGGCCCCCAGCUCCAGCACAGACACCUCAUCACCCGGGGCAAUGCAGACACUGCAAUGGGACAGCCCACGGGGCAGCCCCGUGUUCCCCACCCUCACCCACACUCCCACCACCACCCCCAUCAUCCACACAGUCACCCCAGCUCCCACUUGUCCCAACCUCACCUGGCCCCUUCUUCCCCCUCUUCCCCGGGCUCCCCGUCCUUCCCCCUGCCCUCCACGCACCACCAGCCGCUCCCUCCCAUGUACCACCAGUCGCCCUCCUCCUCUCACUGUAGCCCCCCUACUCCCCCUCCUCCGCCCCACUCCCCUCGCCCCUCCCACGUCCCUGGAGGUCUUUUCCGCUCUCCAGCACAUCAUCAUCAUCACCAUCACCACUACCACCAGCCUUCCUCAAGCCAACCCAGCCACGACAUUGGCCAGGCCAGCCCCGUAGCCCCGGUCAUCUGCCCUGAAGCUAACUGCAGCACCAACAGCCCCAGCAGUGGCAGCAGUCCCUCAACACGCUCCCGUAAACCCGGCGCCAUCAUUGAGAGCUUUGUGAACCACGCUCCCGGAGUCUUCUCAGGGACCUUUUCAGGCACUUUGCACCCUAACUGCCAGGACAGCAGCGGGCGUCCCAGACGAGACAUCGGUACCAUCUUGCAGAUCCUCAACGACCUCCUGAGCGCCACGCGCCACUACCAGGGCAUGCCCCCCUCCCUCACCCAGCUCCGCUACCAAACCCAGUGUGGUUCACCCACUUCCCCAUCCCCCUCGCCGCCUCCUUCGCCCCAGGUUGCCGGCAUGACGGGCCUCUCUGCCAAAGCUACCUCUGUGCCCGCCAGCAGCCCCAGCAGCCCUCCGCCGACUCUUCAUCCGCUGGUGCAGUGCCAGAGUCAGAUCCGCAUGUGCAAACCCCCUGGUGACCGAAUUCGUCAGACCGAGAACCGUGCAACUCGCUGCAAGGUGGAGCGCCUGCAGCUGUUGAUGCAGCAGAAGCGCCUGCGCAGGAAGGCCAGGCGGGACCAGCGCGCCCCGUACCAGUGGCUGCCCAACCGGAAGGCGGGACGCAGCAACAGCAACAGCAGCAUGUCCAGCGAGGGCUCCCUGGACCUGGACUUUGACGACUCAGUGUGGAAGCCCGACGUCAAGGCUGACUUGAAGUCUGAGUUCGUCAUGGCCUGAACACGUCUGAUCCCACACGCGGGGGGAUAGAUUCAAAGAUGUGCGAAACAUUGCUUGGGAUUUACUUAGAGAUAUAUUUUGAGGGAGUGGAUUGGCAGGAGGUGACACAGAACUGUGCAAAGAGGAAAUCAAAAGGUUGUCCUCGUGACUGCCGUCUGUCACACGACACACACGGCUCCCCUGCAGACUUUAAUCCCAUUUUGUCCUUCACAGUUGUGAAAAAACAGCAAGAGAACUUUGUUUUGAUGCUUGGAUUAGGACAGGCAACAACCGGACAUAACAGUGUACAAGACUUUUUAACGGUGUGAUUACAGAGACCAUACCUGAACUUGAGCAUAGCAGAAUUCAUUGGGUGGUGGCGGUGGUGGUGGUGGUGGUAUUUUCAGAUUUUUUUUUUCUAAGAUUUGUUUUUUAACUCGCACUCUGGACAGCAAUGAAGAGAUCCACACUGGACUUUUAAACAGGACAGGAGCACCAGAGGCCUCAGUGUUUCCUAUUCACAAGAUGGCAGAACUGCCAAACUAUGGAUUAUUCCAACGGGCAUUCUUAUCGAUCUCAAAACUCACCAACCAGAGUCUAGUUUUUACCUGUUACGGGGUGGUUAAACUCUUUUUUUUUUCCAUUUUGAAACAUAUUAUUAUAUUUUAUAAACAAAAAAUAUGUAGCAUUGUUCACAAAGCAUUCAGGUUUUCAUAUAACAGUUCAAAGUAGUUGUUGAUUUGCACAUUUUCUUGAUUUAUAACAGCUGGUCAAUGUGUGCAAGAAGGAGGAGGUGGGGCCUGAAAUUAAAAAAAAAAUGAAUAUGGAAGUAUUGAUAUCAACCUCAGUGACAUAGGGUAUCGAUAGGAAUGAUUAAUGAGUAAACAAAAAUGAAUUAAUAUUAACAGAAAGUGCUUUAGAGGAUUUUAAAAUCUUUAAAAUGUAUAUGGAAAAAAUCUAUUUUUUAUUUCUCUUCCUAUCUGCUGUUUUCAAAAAACAGCAGCCCUCUGUGGCUUCAGUCAAGUCGUUGACUACCGACAAGUACAUCCAUUCAAUCAUUCAUUAGCUCAUUCAUGAAUUAUAGCCACAACAGAUAAUACGGAAAGAUAAAAUUUCAUCCAGCCCGCCUCAUGUCUUACAGACCUGAAAGGACUUGUUGAGGGUUUGUAUUAGUUUGUGUACAUAAAUGUGACAAUUGGCAAAGGUUUAUGAGGGUGUGUGUGUAUGUUUGACUUAAGUGUAAAUUGAUUUAGACUCCCCCAUGUUUUUGUCUUUUCCCGAACGACCCCAUAGUUUCUCCAAGAUCCUGAAGAUCAGCUGCAGUGAAUGCAUGGGUCACUACUUUAUAUCACCACAGGAUAAAAAAACAUCAAAUUCUGAGUUCCUUUACAAGUCCUCAUAAUAAUGACUCUAUUUUUUUAUUGGCAAAAAGAGGGAGAAGAAGUGGGAUCUGUAUCCAGCAUCAUUAUCUAGUGCCUCCACCAGUACAUCCGUUGACAUAUCAGGUUAGGCCUUUCACAGUUUUGCUGCUACACACGGGGACUUCAAAUGACAAAAAAAAAAAAAACAAAAAAACAGAAAGCGAGAGGGGAAACUUUUCUUUGCAUGCAGAAGUGUGAAUUACACUGAUCUUUUUUCUAUUGAUGGAAGAAAAAAAAGAAACUGGUGCUGUGGGAAUGAAGGUUAACAACAUGCAUGAAAUUGUGAAGAAAAUAAACAAUGCUGCUUUUGUUGGUUAGGUUUUUUUGUAACUUUUUAUUUUCCAAUGUUAGAGCAACAGUGUCCUGCUAAAGUAUUACAACGCAAAACCAAAACAGAUGAAGCUAAAGUGUGGACUUCGCGUCUUGCUCAGCACUGAACAUUCCUGUUGUGUGACAAUGAAGAUGAUGAUGAUGAGCAAAAGAGCAACUGACUCUCUCUCGACUCCCCCGAGCGCUGGUUUUACCCCCCAUGACUCUCAAGGACCCAGACAGCCCCCUAUGAACUGUUCAGCCACCUCCCCUCCUCCCAGCCCGAACGCCAACCGAGGCUCGCAUGGACGUACUCUGGCAGGGAACUAACAGACCAGCGGAUUUACAGUACUGUCCGUCGAACUCGAGAGAAGCACCUGGUCUGUCUCUUUAUCUGUCUGUCUGUCUGAUCGAUCGACCACCCUACCACAAUUGCACUCCCAGAGAUUGCAGUGAGAGAUUACCUUUUUGGUGAACCUCAUCUUUUUUUUAAGUGGCCUUACCUUUCACUAAAAAAAUGAGACACUUGGGGACAAUGGGGGCGGGAAUGUUUUUUUUUUUUUCUUUUGGGUUUUGAAACUUUCUGUGUGCAUCGUUGUCGGACUUGUUGUCAUCAAGGCGCCAUUUUUUGUCACUGAGGACACUGGGCAUCUGUCGUUUAGUGCUUUUAGCUGGUGGAGUCUCUAUUAUGUCAAGGCUUCUGUGCCUUAAAAAUGUUGCCCUUGCUGUGUCAGUGUCAGAUUUAAGCUUGUUUUUAUUGGUUGAUAACACAGGACUGUAGUAUUCGCAGCCAUGAGCGUCGUAGAUUUUAGGGGUGGAGCUUGUUUGAGUGAAUCAAUUCAAAAAAAGUUGGUGUUGUUCCUCAAAUAUUGUCUUUGUCCCAUUUCUUCAUUGUGUUGCCAUGCUUGUUGGUCUCCGUUGUCCGAAAACCUCACAUCCCUCUUAACUCAGUCCUCCCACCAACAAGCUGCAAAAAGCUGCAAAUCUGUGUAACUUAUGUUAAACUGAGGAAGUUUACACCAUAGUACUUAGGUGGCAAGAAACAGCCCUGAUUCAGAAUAAGAAAAAAGGUCCUCUGAGGACUCCAGACUACAUGCACUUCCUGUUUCCUUGGAUACAACAUUAUUAAAGGACAAUUUAUCCCCUGCCCCUCCCAAAUUUUAUUUAAUUUUGUUUUGUAUAUGUAUGAACUAUACUCUGUGUGUGCCUCACUUCUGUGUGAAACUCAAAAAGAUGAAACAAAAACAAAAAAGAUGACAAAAGCAUUACAGAGAGGAUAAAAAACAGUAUGUUGGUGGAAUUCUGAUCACGUCAUUUAAGUUGCCUGUUCUUUCUUGUAGCCAACUAUUGAAAAUAACAGGAUUCAAGAAUACAAUUUACAAUGUUCUAGCUCUAGACCGGUGUAGCACAUGUGUGACUGUAUUAAUUUAUGAAACCAAAAUGGUAACUGUGAAUUAUGUAUUUCUUUGUGCAUUUUUUUUUUUUUUUAAAGCGGGGGAGAAGGUUGUCGGGACACGGCAGCAGCUGAUGCUCGUGUCUGAAAAAAACUUUUUGGUUUUUUUUUUUUGGUUUUUUUUGUUUUGUUUUUUUUUGGUGGAAUAUAAUGGAAACGAAACAAUGUUUCCGAAAAAAGAAAAAAAAUGAAAAAAAUGCCCAAAAAAAGAGAAAAAAAUGAAAAAAUAUAUGAAUAUAUUUUUUUUCUUAAGCAAUACAUUUCAGUGUGACUUGUGAUAGAACAUUUUCUUUUUUUAGGUAAUAAAUAAAUAAAAAACAAAAUGAGUACGUCA